AUGCUUAGGUCUUUACAUAAGAAGUUUGAUAUGAAGGUCACAGCUAUAGAAGAAGCCAAAGAUAUCACAGAAAUGAAGCUGGAUGAACUGAAACAGAAGAAGCGGUUAACUGUAUCUUGGUCUGAUGAGGAUUCUGAAGAGGAAGUUGAUACUGCAAAGGCUAUACAUGCACUGACAGGUGUAUGCACAUCUGACACUGAAUCAUGCGAUGAAGAGCUGACCUUUGAUGAACUUGAUGAAUCAUACAGAGAAUUGUGUCUGAAAAGUGAAGAAGUUUGCAGGGUCUCAGAAAAGCAAAAAGAAACAAUUACUAAAUUGCAAACUGAGAGAACUGACAAUUUAUCAAAAAUCUCUGAGUUUGGUGCUAAAUGUGAAGAGAAUUUGAGAACCAUUGAGGAGAAAAAAGCAACUAUCAUCAGCUUAGAAGCAUAUAAAGUCAAGCAACUAACAGAGAUAGCUCAUCUGAAUGAAGAGGUUGAGAGUCUUGGAGGUAAGAAAUAUGUUUUUGUUGUUGUUGAUAACUUCUCUAGAUACACUUGGGUCAAUUUCAUUAGGGAAAAGUCUGAGACUUUUGAAGAAAAAUUUUAUUCAAACAUCAUGUCUGAUUCUGCAAAAUCCUCACCAACAAAGAAUGAUGAUGUUCCAUCGCAACAACAACUUGUAAUCGAUACUAUUCCUCUCACCACCAUACGUCCUACAAGUCCAACAAAGAAGAGAAAAUCAACUUCGAAGAAGGAUAAAUCAUCACGAACAAGUACAAAUCCUUCCUCUUCUGCUUCAAUUAAAUCUUCAACGCGUAAAAGCAAGAAAGGAAAGGUUGAAUCGAGUAAGGUUUUUACAAUGUCUGAACUUCACGUGGAUCAACUUCCAUCGAGUGGUGUUGCAACGGCUGUCGCCGAGCCUACAGUUGAGAAUGUUAUUACAUCUAGUAAGACUUCUGUCAAUAUAGGUCUUAAAAUACCAAAUGCUUCCACUAAGACCAAUGAUGAUGUUGCUGCUGAGUCUCUCAAGAAAACAGGUCCUGAGACUCAUGCUGCGUCAAGUGUUGUGACACCUGACGCUGAGCCAAAUGUUGUGCCAGAUGUUACCACAUCUUUGGUACCAGAAAAUCUUGUGGACUAUUCUGAGUCUGAUGAGAGUCCCAAACCUAAGUCUGCUGAUGAAGAGAUUGCUGCUGAUAAGGAUGUUAAUGAAAAUCCUGAUGUUAUUAUUGUAAAUGAAACAACUGUUAGUGAUAAGUCUGUUCCUACAAAUUCUGAGAAUGGGUCUGCUAGAUGGAAGUUUGUGUAUCACAGGAGGUUGGCUCUAGAAAGGAAUCUAAAAGAAGAUAUCCUUGAAUGCCAAAGUAUUGUUGAAGCUAUUGAAUAUGCAGGUUUGAUGAAGACUGGCUGUGAUUUGGACAAGUGCUAUGACAGACUUGUCAAAGAAUUCUUGAUUAAUGUGGUUGACAAUUGUAAUGAUCCAGCAAGUCCUGAAUAUAGGCAAGUAUUUGUUCGUGGGAAGUGUGUCAAAUUCUCACCAACAGUGAUUAACCAAUAUCUGCAAAGAAAUUCUGAAGAGGUGGCUGAUCUAAAGGUCACAGAUAAUGAGGUCUGCAAGGUCCUCACAGGUGGCAGGAUAAAGGUUUGGCCUAGCAAAGCUAAGUUGGCUGCAACUGCUCUCUCUCCAUUCUAUGAUAUUUUAAAUAGGAUUGCUGCACACAAUUGGGUGCCUACAACCCACUCAGGUGAUGUAGCCAGAGGUUUAAGAAAAUUCAUUUAUGUUGUGGGUACUAAAGCAAAGUUUGAUUAUGGGUCAUAUUUCUUUCAUGAAACAUUAAGCCAUGAUAUGACCUAUGCUGUUGAGAAGCCAGUAGCCCUUCCCACUCUGUUAUGUAAUAUCAUCCUUGAGCAGCAUCCAGAUAUUCUGAGGACUACUGAUAGUCCUUGUAAAAGGAAAGGAUUGCUGACCAUUGAGAAAAGACUGCUUGAAGGGACAAAUGUUGCAGCAGGUGUUGGCUCAUCUGUCCAAGCUGGGGUACUCUCUAGGAAGCAGAUGAUUGCUGACUUGACUGAGGCUAGUAGAGCAGUUGAGGCCAGAAAAUUGAAGAUAGAUCGUACAAGUGUUGGUGCACCUUUAGCAACAUCUGUCUAA